CCUGGUUCAACUCCAGGUGCCCCCUUUGGAUUGUGUGUUUUUUGUUUGGUUGAUUGUUCCUCCCAAAGGUAAAUAUGAAGAGUAUUCUCCUCACUUUUAGGUCCUGUGUGCUUCUGCUUUGCUUGCAGGCCUCACCACCAAACGUCCCUGUUCAAGAUGCUGAGCACUCAUCUGAAGAAUUAUGACCAAACCAAACUUCUGCUUUAUGUAUUUGUUUUUCAUUGCUCCUUGUCUGCUUGCUCAGCCAGGGGGGUAUAGCUCAGUGGUAGAGCAUUUGACUGCAGAUCAAGAGGUCCCUGGUUCAACUCCAGGUGCCCCCUCUUUACCUUCUUUUCCAACCUUUCUUCUUCCCAAGUUCUUCAUAGACAGGAUUCUUGUUCUUCAGAGGUCUUCAAGAUCACUUGUACCAAACUUCUACCAUAAAAAAAGGUUUCUAGUUUUCUUGUGGUUCUCCUGAGCAGCACACGCACACACAAAUAGCAUAGUGCAGUAGAGGUGAUGCAGGUCUAGUUUUUCCUGCCUGAGCAGUUGUUGCUAAUUGAAGUAAUUUCUAGAAAGCCACAUACUCAGUGUAUGACAGGUGUCUGUGCCCCCGCGGGGAUCGAACCCGGCACCCCAGCAGCCGCAGGCAGCCGCGCUGCCCCUGAGCCACGCCCCCACCACUGAACCGCCCCAAAGCCGCGUUUCGCGGGCUUACGUAGCUCAGGGGCAAAGCGCCGGGCUGGGAGCCGGAACGUCCCCGGUUCUAAACCCGCACCGAGCAGCGAGGAACCUCGCUCGUGUCCUCGAAUUUUCGCUGGGCGACAUCGCGGUUCGGUGCACAGCCCUGAGGAACGGGUGAGAACGGCAAACAGCGGCCUGCAGCUCCGCUCAUCGCUACAGCACGCCGCAGCACCAGGCGCUGCCCGCCUCUUUUCUAUCCCUUUGCCGGGACCUUUCAGCCCCCGCCGGAAGUGACGUAUAUCACACGCGACGCGUAGGGAGGCGACGGCGGCGCACGUUGAUGACGUACGGCGGGCCCGCUAACUGAGGGGAAGCCGAGCAGCCAUGGGGGGAGGCGACUUGAACCUGAAGAAGAGCUGGCACCCCCAGACCCUGCGCAAUGUGGAGAAGGUGUGGAAGGCCGAGCAGAAAUAUGAGGCCGAGAGGAAGAAGAUCGAGGAGCUGCAGCGGGAGCUGCAGGAGGAAAGGGCCCGAGAGGAGAUGCAGCGAUAUGCUGAGGAUAUGGGCACUGUACGGAAAAGAGAAGAAAAGUUGGAGUGGAUGUACCAGGGUCCUGGGGGCAUGGUGAACAGAGAGGAGUAUCUCAUGGGUCGCCCUGUGGACAAAUACAUCUUUGAGAAGACAGAAGACAAGGAUGCUGGCUGCUCCAACGAGACAGGACUGCUGCCAGGCUCCAUUUUUGCCAAGUCAGGUGCCAAUUCUGUCCUGGACAUGGCAAACAAAAUCCGGGAGGAUCCACUUUUCAUGAUAAGAAAGAGAGAGGAGGAGAAGAAGAGGGAGGUUCUGAAUAAUCCUGUAAAAAUGAAGAAAAUCAAAGAGUUGCUGCAAAACAGUUUAGAUAAAAAAGAGAAAAAGAAGAAGAAAGAGAAGAAGAAGAAGCACAAGAAGCACCGACGUCGCAGCUCUAGCAGUGAAAGUGCCAGCAGUGAUGAGGAGCGAAGCAAAGCCAGGUCUCAGAAGAAGGCUAACAGUUCCUCCUGGAAAGCCAUUCCUUCUAAAGUGCCAGGAUAUGGCUUACAGGUUAGAGACUCUGACAAGAACCACAGAUCUCGGAGUUCUCCAGCUGCUGGGCAGGGCAGAGCCUCCCACAGGCACCGGGAGCGCUCCAGGUCCAGGAGCACAUCCCACUCCCCACAGAGAUGCACUAACAAGAAGAGCACAGAGCAAUCUGGAUGCAGGGGGUCGAGAUCUCCUUCCAGACACAGUAAACAACAUAGCAGUCGAGAGGAGAAAGGGAAAGCAAGAAGUCCUUCCCCCAAAAAGAGCUAUCGGCGACAGCACCUGCCAGGUUACACCAGAAAGAUCUCUCCAGAGGAACUGGAGCGUAAACGCCAGGAAAUGAUGGAAAACGCCAAGUGGAGGGAAGAGGAGAGGGUGAACAACCUCAAGAAGCACCGAAAGGAGGAGGAACUGGAGAGAGAACUGGAGAAACUCGACUCCGGAGAUGGAAAGUUCUUGCAUCACUUUAAACUGGAGAGUGCUUCUACUUCCACUUUAGAAGAUCGGGUGAAGCGGAACAUCCACUCCCUUCAGAGAACUCCUGCUGCCUUGGAAAAAAACUUUAUGCAGAGAUGAAGUUUGUUCUUCCUCUGCUUCUGUGCAGGAGUUAAUUGGACACUUGUUCCCCAAGGUGAGAGGAACACACUCAGCACACACUCAGUUCUCUCUCCAGGACCAUCUCCCAAAGAGCUGCUGAAUUUCUGUGCUGCAGCCCACAGCGUGUUCUGAACUUCUGGCACUGUAAAUAUGUUUGUAACGAGGGUGAUCCCUCAGGCAGACCUUAGCUGGAGAACUCGUGAGCCCUUGUAUCCUACAGCACAUUGCCAGAUCUCUUCCUGUUCUCCACCUUGAUUCGUACCGGUUUUGUAUAUUGUUGUUAUUAUUAGAUGAUGCUGGGUGGUAAUUGCUUUCUACACUGGGCAGAUUAUCUGUGCUCUUUGUUUGUGAGAGCGAAAGACCUAUUUUUGCUAGUCCUUAGAAAUCAGAACAGAACAAAUUCAUGUGAGGUAACUGGAUGUGAUAAAGCUGUGUGAUGGACUGGUGCCAUUCUGCUUGACUGCAGUCGUUCUGCUGUGGGUUUGGAGGGAGAGCUCAGACCAGGCUGUAAAAUAUCUGUAGCCAUUAUUUGAUUCUGCUCACCUAUUUCAAUGCUGUUUGACCCAAAGGGAGCAGCUUCACAGGGAAAGGAAAUGAGCAGAGCAGAACUGAUGCAACAAAUAUCUCUCUGGGAUUUUGUAAUGUAAGUAAUGUGUAUAUGUACAGCAGUGAAGAUUGUUUUGCUUCUUUUUUUUUUUUAAAGGAGAAACUUUACGAUUUUUAAAUGUUUUUUUUGUGGCUUUGUCGGGGCGACGGUGUUGGUUUCGCUGCCAAAGGGGCUGACGGACCGAGGGCUG